CCGUCUGACUUCCGCCUCUCGUCCAGGCGAACACUGAGUGACUCGCUCCCUGGAAUCCCCUCCACACUCAGCCCACUCCUGACUGUCACCGCGGGCCGAGCCGACGCUGCUCUCACAGUCUUUUUUCUCUCCUUAGAUCACCCUAUAACCAUCUUUCCAAAUGAGUGACGGGGAGUGUGACUUCUUCUGCUUCUUCCGUUGCUGCUGAGUGCGCUUCUCACGCGUCUCAUCCAGACGAGAAGGCGGGUGACCCUGCGAGGCGACGCGAUCAGGUGGAGAGGUGGGCAGAGAGGAGCACGAAGGUGGGGCUUUAGAAAGAGCAAUUUCAGCCUCAGCCAACUGGACCACUAGGAUCCGACAGGUGGCCGGGCCGUCUACCUGUACGGGUGUUUGAUUCAGUCGACUGGAUGUCUGUGGACAUGAACAGCCAGGCGUCGGACAGCAAUGAGGAAGACUAUGGGGUGAACUCUGAGGAGGAUGAUGACGACGAUGAUGGUGGAGAGGAGGACGAUCAGGGUGACAUUGCAAGCUACUAUGAGGGCGUGGCCGGCGAUGUGGAGCAACAGGGCGCUGACUCCUUUGACCCAGAGGAGUACCAUUUCACUUGUAUGAACUAUAAAGAGAGUCAACGGAUGCUGACGGAGGAGGUUAACACUGUGGCUGCUGCACUAAAGGUUAUGCCAGCAGUAGCAAAACUGAUCCUGGUGCAUUUUCACUGGCAGGUUUCACAAGUACACGACAGAUUUCAGUCCAAUUCGUCCUUGAUGUUGUCAGAUGCUCUGGUCCAGCCCAGCACAACCUGCAGAUCAGUCCCUGCCCCUCAGUCCCUCCAGUGUGGCGUGUGUCUACAGGCCGUACGGAGAGAAUCCCUGCUGGCACUGCCCUGUCAGCACUCCUUCUGCAAAGGAUGCUGGGAGCAGCACUGCACUGUUUUGGUCAAAGACGGCAUAGGAGUGGGUAUAUCAUGUAUGGCUCAGGAAUGCUCCCUGCAGAUGCCUGAAGACUUUGUCCUGCCGCUGCUGCCAGGAGAGGAGCUGAAGGACAAAUAUAGACGCUACCUCUUCAGAGACUACGUUGAGACUCACUUCCAGUUGCAGUUGUGUCCAGGUGCAGACUGUCCCAUCGUCAUCAAGGUGCAGGAGCCCCGGGCGCGCAGGGUGCAGUGCAGUCGCUGCAUGGAAGUCUUCUGUUUUAAAUGCCGUCAGAUGUACCAUGCGCCCACAGACUGUGCAACAAUCCGAAAAUGGCUGACCAAGUGUGCGGACGACUCAGAGACAGCCAACUACAUCAGCGCACACACUAAAGAUUGUCCAAAGUGCAAUAUCUGCAUUGAGAAGAACGGAGGGUGCAAUCACAUGCAAUGCUCCAAGUGCAAACACGACUUCUGCUGGAUGUGUCUUGGUGACUGGAAGACUCAUGGCAGUGAAUACUACGAGUGCAGCCGCUACAAAGAAAACCCUGAUAUAGUCAACCAAAGCCAGCAGGCUCAGGCCAGAGAGGCCCUCAAGAAAUACCUCUUCUACUUUGAAAGGUGGGAGAAUCAUAACAAGUCUCUGCAGUUGGAGGCUCAGACGUACCAGAGAAUCCAGGAGAAGAUCCAGGAGAGAGUGAUGAACAACCUGGGAACCUGGAUCGACUGGCAGUACCUGCACAACGCUGCAAAGCUACUGGCUAAGUGUCGCUACACACUGCAGUAUACGUAUCCCUACGCCUACUACAUGGAGUCUGGCCCACGCAAAAAACUGUUCGAGUACCAACAGGCUCAGCUGGAAGCAGAGAUAGAAAACCUGUCGUGGAAGGUGGAGCGAGCCGACACCUAUGAGAGAGGAGUAUUGGGAGGCGAGGCGGAUAUCAGCUCCAGUGACCGAGGGGAUCUGGAGAAUCAGAUGCACAUUGCUGAGCAGAGGCGACGCACGCUGCUGAAGGAUUUCCACGACACCUGAAGCCCCAUCGCGACUGCAAAGCACCAGCAUCUCCCUCCCUCCUCACUUCCUUUCUUCCUCGCCCGCCUACCUUCUGCUUCUUUCAGUGACCAUCUCUCGGUGCAUUCGUACUGACCCCUUCCCUUUUGCUUCUUUACACUUGCUCAUUUGCUUCUCACUUUCUGUCUUUCUCUCCCCUCACUCCUAUAAUGCUGCAGGGUUACAGAAUGGCACGAUUGUAUCUCAACCUUCCUCCUCUCGUCCUCAUCCUCAUUAACACGUUUUGACUCCGGAGCAUCACAUUCACCGUGGUUACACUUGUUGCAGCUUUUCCGAGCUGAUCGUUAAAGGCAAAUUGAGGUUUUCCGCAAUUGUGUGAAAACAGUGGGCAUGCUUUAAUUUCGCAUUAAGCAUUUAGACGCUGAUGUGAGCAGCUAAAAGCAACAUGUUGCUUGUUUGUAAAGAGUGUGAGAGCGAGAGCUUUUGACUCCAUUAUUAUUCCUGUAAUGCUGGAAUAGUACAUAGAGAGAGAGAGAGUGCGCUAAUGAAACUGCUUUUGUUAUUCAGCAGAUGAAGAAGUUCUGGGAGAAAUAACAUUAUUAUUUCUCUUUAGAGAGAUGUUGCUGAUUGUCGGCCUGCAUUUGGUGGUUUUAUAUAGACAAUCGUGACUAGCAGGCCCUUGUUGGUAGUUGUAACUGUAGAACUUAAUCGGUGGGUCAGAACACAAAGCUGCAAUACUGAAAUCUACACACAUUGUAAAUCACUUUCCUCUGCUGAAUUUAAACAGUUGUUGAAAUAAUCCCAGAUUAAAUGUGUCGCUGCCACAUAUUGUUAAUAGGCUACAUCCAUACCACAACAGUUUUUUGUUUGAAAACGCAUCAAAUUUGCUGUGGAUUCGCCUGGCGUCCACUCUGCUCUGGAGUUUUAGAGCCGAUAAAACUGACAACUUUUGAAACACUGCUGGCCCCAUUUUAAUUUGAAAACUCAGGAUGGGCAGAAACAGCGAUAUUUGGAAACGACGACAGAGACACUCACAGCCUGUUGCUGACUGGGUCUUUUCGGUCUCGAUAUAGCCUUCACUGAUAUGUAUAGGCAUACAUGUAAGGACAGUCUCCUAUCAAGUGACCCACUUCGGGAAGAAGACAUCCAGCAUUAGCCUUGGCUAUUGCUGACAUGCAUAGGAGACAUGCUAUUAUUCGAGCACUUCCCGUGUUCCCUGUCACCCACAGGACCAGUAGCAAAAAGUUGGCUUAAAACCAAUGCGGAGCCAAAACGCUAGAGAUAAUUUUAACCGUAGUAGUAUGGAUGAAGCCGUAGACAUGAACUUGGUUUGUUUGUGUGAAAAAAAAUACUUUGUGGUCCAACAUACUCCCACAUACAAAAUACAGUGUUUUCCUUACGUAUGAUGCAUGUUCAUAUGUACAAGAUGUUAUAGAAUAAGAUGAAUGUGUGUUUUUUAGAUUUUGUCGCCAGUGUUUUCAUUAUAAGCACACCUCCCUCCCUUGGUUAUGAGGUGCUCCAGCAACGACUGACAGCAUACAGUUGCUAGUCAUUAUUAACUAAGUAAAACUACUGAAUUCAUGUCUCUUUACGUUCUUGUACCGGUGCUUGAUCGUGUUCAGCUGAUGUCGAAACGAGCGAGAGCCUGAGCCCCUCCUUUAAAUACUAGCACCUCUGCUGAUCAGACGAUGAAGUUAUUUUGAGCAGCAAGUGUAAUCUCAGCCUUUUACUUAACGCACGCUGCAGCACCACCCACUGACACCAACACAGCAUGCACGUAUCGACACACUCAUGCUCAAGCACUGAGCUGCAGAAAAUAUAAUGUCACCUGGUAAUUUGCCUCCCCCCCUUCAUCUCAUGCUCUCCUCUCGUUUUCUUUACAUUCAGCCCCUCCUCAUUUUAUUUUUGCUCUUUACUUUCUCUUUUCUUCCUGCCCACAUUGUUCACCUUUCUUCUGGAAAAUGGCUGUUGAUAGAUAGAUCGUUUAAAAAAAGGAAUAAAAAAAUACAAAAAAAUUGCUGUAAUUUUCAACGGUUGUACAUUAAUACAGAAAUAGAGUUACUGAAAGUUUUUAAAACC